GUCGCCGCCGAGGCGUCAAGUAUUAUCGCGAGUGCAGUGAGUGUGACGUGCCAACGAACGGACCUGGGACCGCUGCCACACGGCACCGAGUCCGUCGCCGCAGACAUCUCCGCACCUUGCGCGCGCGAUGCGCCGGGCGUGAGCGCCAUGGCGCAGCGAGCGCGCGCGGACGCGGCGCGCGCGCUGGACGACUUCGAGGCGCUGGCCGGCCUGCGCCGCGCCGCCUACGUGCUGGAGCACCUGGCCACGUUCACGGUGACGCGCGAGACCGGCAUCGCCUACCCCGCCGACGGCAUGCGGCGCCUGCUGCAGCUGGAGAAGACCAACGGAAUAUGGAGCCAAAAAAUGCAACUAUCUUUAGAAGACCAGUGGGUUCUGGUGAUGGACUACGAAACUGGCUCGAUCAUGGAGCGCUUCCCCGCGUCGUGGGUGCACUCGCCCACGGCGUUCACGUCGCCCGAGCCGGCCGAGCUGUACAACAACGUGCUGGCCUUCGUGGUGGGCGCGCCCGACGCGGGCUCGCCGGGCGCGCGGCGCGAGCUCCACAUCUUCCAGUGCCACGACGUGGGCGCGCAGGCGCUGGUGGAGGAGCUGAACGCGCUCAAGGGCGUCAGCAGCGGCGGCUCGGAGGGCGGCCGCGACUUCGUGAUAGAGCGCGAGCGGGAGAAAGAGAAUGAGAUGGAGCGACCCAGGCGGCAGCAAAUGUCCGCGCAGCUGGGCCGCGGCGCGGAGCGGGCGGAGCGCGGGGAUCGAGGGGAGCGCGGCGGGUCGGGCGGCGAGCGCGACGACGCGUCGUCCACGGGCUCGGACCGCCUGUACGAGCAGGACAUCGCCAUCCUCAACCGCUGCUUCGACGACAUCGAGAAGUUCAUAGCGAGGCUGCAGCACGCGGCGGCGGCGGCGCGCGAGCUGGAGCGGCGGCGCGCGCGCGGGGCGCGGCGCGGCGCGGGCGAGGGGCUGCUGGCGCUGCGCACGCGGCCGCCGCCGGCGCGCGACUUCGUGGACGUGCUGCAGAAGUUCAAGCUGUCGUUCAACCUGCUGGCGCGGCUGCGCGCGCACAUCCACGACCCCAACGCGCCCGAGCUGGUGCACUUCCUGUUCACGCCGCUGGCGCUCAUCGUGGACGCGGCGCAGGACGCGGACGCGCGGCUGGCGGCGCGCGUGCUGCAGCCGCUGCUGUCGCGCGACGCGCUCAACCUGCUCGCCAACUGCGUCACCAGCAAGGAGACCGAGCUCUGGCACUCGCUGGGCGACGCCUGGCUCGUGCCCCGGGAGCAAUGGAAGACUGCAAUACCUCCAUAUCAGCCUGUGUUCAUGGACGGCUGGUCUCCGGACUACCAGGUGGACGAUCAGCCGCUGAGACGGCUGUCGCCGCGGCGCAGCGAGGCGGCGCGCGGGGCGGGCGCGGGGCCCGCGGGGGGCGCGGGGGGCGCGGGCGCGGCGCCCGGCGAGCGCGGGGAGGCGGAGCGCGGGGAGGGCUACGGCUACGAGCGCGACGAGCCCGACGUGUACGCCGAGCAGUACGCGCCCUACCCCAGAAACACGCGUACUCUGACGCGCGAAGACUCCGGCUCCGCGGCCUCGUCCCCGGACCGCGAGCCGCCCUACCGGGGCGAGCGAGACGACGACGAGCUGGGCGAGGCGUGGGCGCGCGGCGUGGCGGCGCGCGGCGGGCGCGUGGUGCGCGUGACGUACCCGCGCACCGCCAACAACGACAAGGAGCUGAGCGUCGUGCGCGGAGAGUACCUGGAGGUGCUGGACGACUCGCGCAAGUGGUGGAAGGCGCGCAACCGGCGCGGCGUCACGGCGCACGUGCCGCACACCAUCGUGGCGCCCGCCGCGUCGCCGCCCGCCUCGCCGCCGCCCGAGCCGCUGCUCUACCCCAACCCGCUCUACACGCACUACCAGGACGGCGGCGGCGGCCGCGGCUCGGGCGGCAGCAGCCCCACGGGAGCGCCGGCGCGCCGCGCGGAGAGGCCGGUGCCCCCCCCGCCCCCGCCGCCGCCGCCCCCGCCGCCGCGCCCCGCGCCCCUCGCCGCGCCCCUCGCCGCGCCCGCCAAGUCCGACACCUUGAAGUCCACCAAGUCCUCCGUGAGCACGGGCUCGCUGCACGAGGAGCUGAAGAUGGUGCUGCCGCAAAUCACGCAGCGACGGCUGGACUUCAAGAAGACGCCCGACAUCUUCAUACAUCAGAAGUCGAACCCGGACGAGGUGGCGCAGUGGCUGGAGGCCAAGGGCUUCAGCGCCACGGCGCAGAAGCAGCUGCGCGUGUCGGGGCACCAGCUGUUCGCGCUGUCGCGCGCGCAGCUGGAGCGCGUGCUGGGCGCCGACGAGGGCAGGCGCCUGUACAGCCAGGUGCUGGUGCAGCGCAACGUGUCCGGGUACAAGACCACGUCGGCCUCCGAGCUCGCCAGCAUCCUGCGCAAGGUGCGCGAGAAGGUGGAGGUCUCGUGAGCCCGCCCCGCCACCCGCCGGCGCGGCUGCUCCGACUGCUAGCUCGGCUGCGGCGGCCGACGUUCCGGCUCCUUGAAGUAUUGACAUCCCCACUGGGAACAGAUUCCCUUUCAUUAGAAACACGAAUACUAUCAAUAAAACAAGUUAGGUAAAAAGUACAAUUUAACGACCUUAAAAUAUAAGCACAGCUGAUAUUAUGGUUGUCACCACGUAUUUUUAUUAAAACCUUGUCUAUGCUUUCUGAAGAAAUGUCUAUGUAUCGCUAUCUGGAUAUUUUUAAAUUUAUAUAGCUUAAUUUUAGGGCGAUAUUAUAUCAUUUAUAUUUUUAUACAUCGAUAUAAAAUAUCAGGUUUUAGUAGUAUUUAUACCUAUUCUAGUAAACUGUCACACCAAGCAUCUGUCAUUUUUAUAAUCGAACCGAUUUAACCGACUUUUUGCAGGCAUCGCAAACAGUAUGACUUUUGCAGAUUUGAAAUCGGUUGAAGAUUGUCUUACGAGGGUGUAUAGGUAUAUCCCUAAGUAUUAAUAGUCAUCAUUGUGUAAUGUAGGACAUGCAAUCUUUUGGCAAAAAAAUGUCCCGGCCGAUGACCGUCCAAGCCAAUGCCUCGCUUGUAAAACACUCUGGCGAAAUAUUCAAAUGAUGAAGUUUUCGUUUCAAGCAAAGCAGUCAUCAGUGACAUGCCAUUGCAGUACACAUACAGCCCGCAACACCGCGUUUGAGCCGCGUGGAGGGAGAAAGCUCUGAAUCCUAUGGCUUUUGCCCAGCCGUGGGCAGUGACGCGGUCUUCUCUAACGUUUUUACGGAAGCAGCUGUGGAAUGUUCAUAAGUUGCAGAUGAAUCCAAUUAAAUAAGAACACUUUUUUUUAUAAAACUUUUAUUUUAAAACUGUCUUCAAAUUUGAAAACAAUAAAGACACGAUUAAAGAUAAAUUAGAAUAUAAAUUAAUUUACAGCUUCCGUAAAUGUAUAUUAGAUAGUAAAUAUUUAUUUAUAUGCCUAGUAUAACAAACAAUGUAAUAUGUAGAUUGUUUACUUAUAAGAUAUAGUUUGUACGCGGUACCUUUAUUACUCUAGUAUUAUAAUGUUAUGUUAUAAAAGAAGAUAUUUCUAUUUUUUGUAAAUAAAAAUAAAUGAAUUGGCUGUAAUAAAUAUAAUCUGUUUUAAUGUGUACAGCCACACUCUAUAUUAUGAGUACCUAACCGUGGUAUCUUGAGUUUAUGAUUCCUUUUCAUUUCCUAUAUUUAUAAUAAAUUUAAA